CAUGAGCCAGCUUUGCUUCUACAUUUACUGACCAGUGAUGCUGCAGAUCUACUUCUUCCCAGCCAGAGAAAGGAUGAUCCUGGCACUCUCUGACCAAGGUCUCUUUUCUUCUUUAGGGCUGGCCUUGCUGCUACAGCUGGGCACAGCAACCAAAAUCGUCUGCUACUUCACCAACUGGAGCCAGUACCAGGAUGGGAUUGCCCGCUACAUGCCCCAGGAUAUAGACCCCUGCUUCUGCACACACAUCAUCUAUACCUACGCAGGCAUGGGAAACAACAAGAUCAAAACCACCGAGUGGGAUGAUAAGGCCCACUAUGCUGGCAUCAACAGCCUCAAGGAUUAGUGAGCUCUGGGCUUGGGCUCUGUGCUGGGUUGGAGGCUCACAUCUAGGACUUUGAGAAGUUCCUUGAGAGACACUGACAUCAGAAUUCUUAGCCUUUAAGUGCUGUCCACAGUCACUCACAUGCCUCAUUGGCAGAGCUGUUAGCAACAUUCUCCCCAGGAGAGGCAGGUUGCUGCCAUUCUUCUGGAUUAUUUUCUCACCAGGUCCUGAGUGUUGCAUUUUGUAUCUGAGGAGGUGACAUCCAGAAGGGAUUUAUUGUGAAU